AUGAAUCCUGAGACAAAAAAAGACAAGGCCACUGGGGAAAGCCUUUCAAAUGAGCUUGGUGCCAAAGGAGACAUCAAGCAGACUUCAAGUCAAUCUUCCAAGACGGUGGGCAAACCUCAGAGGAAGACCUACGCCUGUGUCCUGAAAGAGGCCGCAGGGGGCUGGGAGAAGAUGGCCACACGGACCUGUCUGAUGACCGAGGAGAAGCAUCAAGACGUCCUCAGGUCAGCUGAGGCUGAGAAGCCCACUGCCAGAGAGAGGAAUCUGGCCAGGGAGGUUGAGAAGAUGAAGGUGGAGAGGAUCACCUUCAAGAACACAAUGCAGAAACUUCACCAGAAGCUCCUGACUGAAGUGAAAGCUCGUGUUCGAGCAGAAGAAGCUCUGGUUAGGGCUCGGACCACCCCGCGCCGCCGCGCCGCCGCCAAGAUGGAGGCAGAAAGAACCGCCAGCCUCUCAACAGCAAACUUGGUGGACCUCCAAAGGGCCCGACAGGAUCUGGAGGAUGGUUUGACCUCUCACCUCAGAGCCUGGGAGAAGGAGAGGGAGGAGCUGACAUCUCAGAGGAACCAGGCGGUCGAAGCCUUGAAGUUGUCCGAGCAGGGCCUCACUGUAGCCACAGCCAAGCUGCUGGAGGUGGGAAACAUGGCCCCCAAACCAGCUCAGCUUGGGGGAGAGUUCCAGACGGAGCUCUCUAGCCUCAGAGCUGAAAUCUGGGCGGCCCAAUCUGCCAGAAAGACGGCUGAAGCUAAAUGCAGCAUGACCAGGGCGAACCUCAUCACGCUGGAGAGGAACCUUCGGGCAGAAAUUGCAGAGAAGGAUGGAAAGAUCCUCGUCCUGUCCAGUGACAAGAAGGAGGCCCUCCAAGUGUCGCAGAAGGCAGAACAGGACCUGGAGGCUUUUAAAGCCAAUCUGAUGAAGAUGGCCAGUGUCAUGACCAGACUGCAAGUCAACUUGAGGGAGAAGGACAAGCGCUGCCAUGAUCUGGAGAAGGCCCUGGACCAAGUUCAGGAUGAAUCCCGUCACAUCAGAAAGGAGCUGAUUAGUAAAUGUGCAGAGAUGGAGGCUCGAGAGAAACAGGCUGCAGACACAGCUGAGGAGCUGCUGUCUCUACAGAAACAGGCUGAGCAAUCAGCAGCAGACCUGAAGGCUCUGCAGAAACAGGCUGAGCAAUCAGCAGCAGAACUGAAGGCUCUGCAGAAAGUGGCUGAGCAAUCAGCAGCAGACCUGGAGGAGGCUCUGCAGAAACAGGCUGAAACAAGGUGCCAGGCUCAGGAGACCCAAACUGAGGUCCCUCUCCACGCCGUCGCCCUCAACCUCUCCCUCAACUGCAUCGCCGCGGUGACCGACACCGACCUCGCCGCCUACCCUCGCCUACGCUCGCCUGAGCACCCUGCGUCUCCAUGGAUCCACACUGGAGAGAAGCCACAUCACUGUGAUACAUGUGGGAAGAGCUUUUCCUCAUCCAGUAACCUCAAGAAGCACAUGAGGAUCCACACUGGAGAGAAGCCCUACAGCUGUGACCUCUGUGGUAAAACCUUUGGCCAGGCUGACCAUUUCAGAGCUCAUAGCAGGAUCCACACUGGAGAGAAGCCCUACAGCUGUGACCUCUGUGGUAAAAGCUUUAGACAGACUGGGGAUUUGACAGCUCACCGCAGAAUCCACACAGGAGAGAAGCCAUACAGCUGUGACCUCUGUGGUAAAACCUUUGGCAAGAAAAGCAAUUUCACAGCUCACUGCAGGAUCCACACAGGAGAGAAGCCCUACAGCUGUGACCUCUGUGGUAAAACCUUUAGCCAGGCUGGCAGUUUCACAAUUCAUAGCAGGAUCCACACUGGAGAGAAGCCAUACAGCUGUGACCUCUGUGGUAAAACCUUUAGCCAGGCUAGCAGUUACACAGCUCACCGCAGAAUCCACACAGGAGAGAAGCCAUACAGCUGUGACCUCUGUGGUAAAACCUUUAGCCGUGCUAGCAGUUACACAGCUCACCGCAGAAUCCACACAGGAGAGAAGCCCUACAGCUGUGACCUCUGUGGUAAAACCUUUAGCCAGGCUGGCAGUUUCACAAUUCAUAGCAGGAUCCACACUGGAGAGAAGCCCUACAGCUGUGACCUCUGUGGUAAAACUUUUAGACAUGCUAACAGUUUCAGAGCUCAUAGUAGGAUCCACACUGCUAUUUAUGUCCAACAAAUGACAUAUUGA